AUGCAUUUCGGGAAUCGGAACAAGUUGCUGACAUCGUUUGACAUCGGCUUGGAGCAGCUGCCUAGCAUCGAGGCGGUCGAGUGGCGCGAGGCCGAGGCGCGUGCGCUGGUGGCGGACGACGCGGAGCGGAUUGGCACAGACGGGGAGGCCGAGUGGGCGCGGCUGCCAACCUUUGUGCUGGUGAGGAUCCUCGCCGUCUCCCGAAAGUGGACGUGGCUUGGUACGGUGGCGGCAGUGUGCAAGCGUUGGCGGCGGGUGGCGAUGCUGGUGGCGAGCUCGUGCCAGCUGCGCCUCGACAAUUUGCUCAAAGUCGACUCGCCGAUUGGCAUGACCAGCGGUGCGAUGGAGGCUCUCUUUGGCGGCAACCCUCUGUUCGCAAACGUGCCGUGUGUCACUGCCAGUCACAUGCUCGGAGUGAAGGCAGCCAAGCUGAUGCCGAUGCUGCGGACGCUCCAGCACUGCAACAUGCUCUAUCUCUCCAAGUGCGGGAUCAACAACGAGUGUGUCCAAGUCAUUUGUGAGAACAUGCCGCAGCUGCGGAUGUUAGCCAUUGACUGGUCGAUAGCGAGCCUCGAGAUUCUGCCGGUCAUCUCCCACUCGCUCCGGCACUUGAGCAGGCUCGACUUUUCGGCGCGGCUCAUUACGGUCGACUCGUUUGAAACGCCUGCAGCGGACCUUUUGGACCGCAUUGCACCGAUGCCCAAGCUCGUGGAUCUCAACCUCCACAACCGUUUUGACAUGUUCCGGUCGCAGCCGUCGCUCUUCUCGAAGUUCCUCAGCAGGGUUCCGAACCUUACCGUCCUCGACGUGACGGCGUCGAUCUCCUCGGAGCAGCUGCCGUCGUUCAAGAAGACGCAAUCCGGGGCGGCAGUGACAGGCUUUGCCGCUGCAGCCGGCCAGGUCGAAUCGGCAGUCCCGGGUACCAUGUUGCCGCACGUCGGGUGGCUCACACCGUCCGAUUUGCGCGCUGUGGGGCGGCUGACUCGACUGACUCGACUCCGGCUCAGCUGCGCCAACGACACCAUUGUCGACGCUCAUCUCCCGCUCUUGGCUUCGCUCAAGAACCUGCGCGAGCUCACGCUCGAGGGAGCUGAUACCAGUGUAGAGGCGCUGGAGCGGCUGGCGGAGAGGUCGUGCCCGAACCUCGUCACACCGAGCCGACGGAAAAAGGUCAAGAUCAAGCGUGGCAAGUGGCGCCGGCGCGGUCAAGGAGGUGCCAGUGGAAGCUCAGCCGGUCCGUCAGGGCCGUCCGGACUUAACUAA